ACGUAUGUGAUGAUGGCUCAGAUCUUAAGACCUCAUCUGAGAAGUGCUUCAGUGAUUCCUAAUCGAAUGAAAAUGGGUCCAUGUCUUGGUGUCAUAAGAACUAGAAUGAUGUCAACUCAUAAAUCCAAAAGGAAUAUAAGAGAAUAUUAUGAGCUGCUGAAUCUGGAUGAAGGCUGUUCUGCAGAUGAUGUCAGGGAAUCUUUUCGUAAGCUUGCCAAGCAAUACCAUCCAGAUGGUGGCUCUAGUACUGCUGAUUCUGCAACGUUUAUAAGGAUUGAAGAAGCUUACAGGAAGGUACUUUCCCACUUGAUAGAACAGACAAAUGCCAGACAGAGUAAAGUUGAAGACACAGAAGAAGAAGAAAAAUUCAAAUAUAAAACACCCCAACACCGGCAUUACUUAAGUUUUGAGGGUAUUGGUUUUGGGACUCCGAGUCAACGAGAGAAGCAGUACAGGCAGUUUAGAGCAGACCGUGCAACUGAACAAGUGAUGGAAUACCAAAAGCAGAAACUGCAAAGCCAGUAUUUCACUGAUAGUGUCACUGUUAAAGAUGUAAGACACAGUAAGGAACGAAAGAUAACUCAGGCAAUAGAGCGUUUGGUGGAGGAUCUCAUUCAGGAAUCAAUGGCAAAAGGAGACUUUGACAAUCUCAGCGGGAAAGGAAAACCUCUGAAAAAAUUUUCUGGCUGUUCAUAUAUUGAUCCUAUGACUCACAACCUGAACAGAAUAUUGAUAGAUAAUGGAUACCAACCAGAAUGGAUCCUAAUGCAAAAGGAAAUAAAGGAUACCAUUGAUCAACUCAGAGAGGCAAUUUUAGUGUCGAGGAAAAAACUUGGGAAUCCAAUGACAUCAGCUGAACAGAAACAGUGGAACCAAGUUUGUGAGCAGUUUCAAGAAAAUAUCAAAAAGCUAAAUAAACGAAUUAAUGAUUUUAAUUUAAUUGUUCCCCUCCUGACUAGGCAGAAGGUCCACUUUGAUGCACAGAAAGAAAUUGCCAGAACCCAGGAAAUAUACACAACCCUUAUAAAAACAAAAGAAAUCACAGAUAAAAACCCAAAUAACACUGAUCCGGGAGAAGGAGAGGAAACACCUGGAGUUAAGACAGGUUUAUUUAACUGGAUGAAUGUGUGGAAAUUUAUUAAAAUAUGACCAUCUCAAUGUUCACAGUACUGCCCCAAAUAAUUUUCAGUAGUAUUAACACCACACAUAGAGGCUGAGGUUUCUUUCUAUAACACAAGAGUCUGAGAACUGUGCACCUCUGUACUUUUCACAAAACAACCCACAUCUCCAGUGAUGUGUAAGUGAGUGAGAGAACUGUAAGAAACUGAGUCUGAAAAAUAUUCAACCAGCUUUGUUCUGAGGACAGCAAGACAAGAGGAAACAAUUUAAUAUUGACACUUGAGUUUAUUAAAGCACAAAACUAGUCUAAGACUUUUGGGACAUUCUCUAUAUGGUUGGAAACGUUACGACAGGAAAUUAGUGUAAUGGAGUUCUGGCACUCUUUCCUUUUUUCUUUUUUUAUAAAGGCCUUCUCUGUGGGUACUGAAUAAGGAAACCACCAAACAUCUAGGUUGUAUUUUGCACUGUCUAACUUCAUGAGCCGUUGGCAGCAAAGAUCCAUCAGCCAAGCUAACUGAUUUAGCUAUUCUAGAAAUAGAUUUCAGUGUCCACUUUGAAGAGUUUAUUUUCUGACCUCUCAGAGGUGGGUUCAGUGGAAACAAAGUUUCACUUAUGGCUUCAUCUCUAAUCAGAGUCAAAAUGUUGGUUUUACAUAAACCUAUCUGAAGCCUCUCUCUCAUAUAUCACACUUCUCAGAGGCUUUUUCAAUGAGAGGAAUAUAUCAGUUUACAGUCUUAGGGAUCCAAUUUCCUGUCUUAGGAACACUUUAAUAAGCAACUACAAGAUGUCAGAAUUUUGUGCUCACUUGCACCUUUGGCAAAUGAGAGGAGAUUGACAUCCAUGAGACUGACCCAUCCACUCUCAGAAUGAUCUGACUUUUUAAGGUCUGUGUAAUUGCCUUAUUCACAGAAUUGGGCAAGUAGAAGGAUGUGGAGACUUGUCAAAAGGAGCUGGUCUGUUUCCUUAUUUAGUUCAGAGUGCUGUACUAUGGAAGUGCCCUCAGAAGCAUGUCACUUGCCCCUCUGAUUUUGGAAGAACAUUAUUUUGUAAAGUGUGUGAUAGAUAAGUAAAAUUACAUCUUCAGAAGGAAAUUUCAAACCUUUCUGCUUAGAUGAUGGGGCAUUAAUGGGUAUAAUAUGUGAUUAUUUUGUUGAAUGAGUUAUCACUAGCUUCUGCAAUGAUCUGUUACCCUAUAUACAAUUGUAACC